GGCGGAAGUAGAGCUAAUUGAGCUAACAGUGCUAACAUGAAGGAGUGAUGGCUGCCGACAACAGUGAGACGAGGACGGGUCGGAGACGUCUAGCAGCCGGAGAUGUCUGUCCUGUGAAUAUGAAAUGUCUGAAGAUGGACGGACAGGCAAGUGUCUCUAGACAGGACAAGAAGUCAGCGACAGUGUCCAAGCCUCACACAGGAAGUUCCUUAGUGGUGAGAACACACCUGAGUCGUUCACAAGAGGUGGGGGGGGUCACGCGGGAGGAGCUGCUCGCCACGGAGAGGAACGAGUCCAGUGAGGAUGAACUGGGACGACUGGACAUCGACCUGGACAGGAAGUCCAGACAGCACAACCUGACGUCCAGCAACGUGCGGGCCAUCCUGCAUGAGGUGAUUACACACGAACAUGUGGUUGCCAUGAUGAAAACUGCCAUCAGAGAAACUCAGGAUCUUCCAAUGUUUGAACCUAAGAUGACAAGGUCCAGACUGAAACAGGUUGUCCAGGAAGGACAGCCGCUGAACUGGAGUCUGUCAGUUGUGAACACAGUCAAGCCUCCCCAGUUUGUGGACAUUUAUCUUGAUGAAGAGGAGGAUGAUGAUGAUGAAGAGUAUUGUCCUGAUGAUGAAGAGGAAGAUGAGGACACAGCUGAGGAAACCUUCCUCAGUGAUGGAGACAGUUUGUCUUCACCUCUCAAGAUAUUUCAGUCCAUGCAACCAGAAGACCCGAGGACCAAUGAGCUCCUUCAGAGCUCUCCAGGUCACCUGAGGCAGCAGAUGAUGAUCUCCACCUGUCAGCAGCUCCUUUCAGCUCCUGCUGAAUCCUUCAUGGAUAGACUUAAUGCUGUGGAGGAGGAGCUUGACUCUGGCUCCUCCCUCACCUUUAACCAGUCUCUGAAUAAGGCUGAAGAUGAUGAUGAGGAGGACGGUGAUGAUGAAGGCUGUCUGGCGUUCCGAACACGCUCUAAAGUUCGACUUGUCAACAUUCCUCUGGGUCAGCUGGAGGCGGAGCUUCUGAGCCCUGAUAUCACAGCUGACAUGUACGACCUGAGCGCCGCCCUGCAGGAGGAGGACCGUCACUGGACGAAGUGGCUGCAGGGUCUCAUGAUCCCUGACAGUGAAGAGGAAGCAGAUGACGAUGAUGACCCUGAAUAUAACUUCCUGGACGACAUGGAUGAACCCGACCUGGAGGACUACAGGACAGACCGAGCUGUCCAGAUCACCAAGCGGGAAGUCAACGAGCUGCUGGAUGAGCUCUUCGAGACACUCCAGGAGGAGGAGGCAGGAGCUGAGGGCCAGGAGCCAGCAGAGGAAGAGGAGGCCCCGUCACAGACUGCACCGAAAUUCAAUGUCCCUCAGGCUUUACGUUUCGAGGCCCCGUUAGCCGACCUGCUAACGGAGCGACGGCAGAUGUUCAGAAAACAGAAUGAAGCUCAGCAGCAGAGGAGAGCGCUGCAGGACACCACCAACCAUCACCAUGACACCAUCAAUCGGAAGGACACACCCGACCCACAACUCAACUUCACCUCACCCGUCUUAGUGCUGCCAAGCCUGGUUAGCCCCGCCUUCCACCUGGACUCCUCCCAGAAACUAAGGCUGCAGCAGCAGAUACAGCAGCACAUCCAGCUGCUGACUCAAGUUCAGCUGCUGAGUCAUCACGUGGACGCACUGAACCAUGAAGCCUGCAUCACCAAACGUUACCUGAACGAGUUGCAGCAGUUUGCCAGACGUCAGGAGGAGCUUUUUCUCCCCAGCAGUUUCAGAGGGUGUAACCUCCAGGGGGCGCUGGCUCUCCUGGAGGAGUUUGAGCAGAUGGCGGCGCAUCGUCCGGCUGCUGCAGACCCUUCUGCAUCCAGACGGUUGCUCCCGAGGAUGACGCCUGCUACCAACAGUCACGCUUUCCCUCUGCUGCCCGCCAGCGCCGCCUGGCUCUUCGCCACACGACCUGUCUUUCUCUACCCAGAACUACUUCCUGUGUGCUGCCUGGACCCUGCCCUCCACAACCAACACCAGAGGAGUAUUUACACUGCAGGAGAAGACGGGCUCAUCGUUCUGGGUCUGAAGCACUUCGAGGGGGCGGUUGACUCGGAACAGCUGAUCAGCUCGUACCUGCUGUGUAAGAAUCGAUGGAGUCUAAAGAAACGCCUCAAAGAGAUGAGCGGACCCAGAGGACCACCAGACAACGUUAUCAAGUUGUUUAUGACUCAUCAUGUGGUUCCACCGCUGCCAAGCGUCUGCUGCAGAGUCCAAACAGGAGACCAGCGCCCCCCAGUGGACAGACACACCUCCAACAUGCCCAGCUGGCUCAAGAACAGUCAACAGAUCAUUCAGAAGACCCGACUGGGCACAGGCUCUUACCCCCCCUCCCUGCCACCGACCUGUACACUCAGGCUCCACCCACAUUACCUCAGCAAGACAUCCUGCCCCCAUCCCCCCCGCCACAGACGCCUCUUCAACCUGGCCCACAAUGCUUUUCUGCUGCCACUCGCUAAAGCCCCGGCAGACAGACAGGUGGAGGGACAGGCAGACAGACAGGUAGUUGUGCAGCCAAUCAGCUACCUGUCUCUCUCUCCUCCAGGUAUCACGUUACUCUCCGACUCACCUGUUUCAGGAGCCCUUCUAUUGGCUCCGCCUCCUGUCUGUGGGGCCGCCCCAUUGGCUGCUGUUCAUCCAGUCCCCUCUCACCCUGUCCGUGCGGAGCAGUCCUGUCUUCCUAUUGGCCAGAGCAUACAGCAGAGUACUGCCCCCCUUGUUCUACCCCUCCCCUCACCGUCCACUUCAAAUCCCAUCAUCCCUUUCUCAGCUGCCCCCAUAAAGCCUUGCUGCCACCUCCUGGAGAUGGUGAUGACGGAGCCAGCUCCGCCCACCCCCUCCUCCCAACAUGCAUCUGGGCAACCACACCACAGACAAAUCAGAGAGGGGCUGGCAGAGGUGAAGCAGAACUCUACUAACCCACGCCCCCCAGGAGAGGAGGAGGGUCAGGUGGAGGAGGAGGAGGAUUCGAUAAUGGUGGGACUGGUCAGUUUGAGUGGAGAAGAGAAGGCUGGUGGAGAGGAGGAAGAGGGACAAAGAGGAGGAGGAGGAGGAGAGGAAACAGGUAGUGGAGGUGGGGAGGAGCAGAGAGAGGAGGGAGAGGAGGGACAGCAGGAGGACGGGGGAGCAGAGAGGGACCAGGAGGAGGGAGAAAAGGAAAAGGAUGAAGAUCAGGACCAACAAGGUGAUGACGAGGAGGAGGAGGAGGAAGAGGAAGAGGAAGAGGAGGAGGACUUUGAUGACCUCACACAGGAUGAAGACGAGGAGGAAGUUAUGUCAUCAGCGUCGGAGGAGUCGGUGCUGUCUGUUCCAGAGUUGCAGGAGACCAUGAAGCAGCUGACCUGGCUGGCGGCGGAGCGGCGUCUCUGCGCUGACGGAGACUCGGAGGAGGAUCAUUCGCCGACAUCGGCCGGCUCUCAGGAAGAGGAGGAGGAAGAAGAGGAAGAGGAGGAGGGGCCUAAAGGGGAGGAGUCCGAAGAGGGGAGGAGUGGUACGGUGGGAGGAGAUGAGGAGAUGCCAUCCGGUGAAGGGACGCCCAGAGGUGGAGGAAGGUGUCCUGGAAGAGGUCGAGGUCGCACCCGGCCUCUCGGCAGCCUGAGGAGUCGGCGUCAGGAGCGCCGCAGUAAAGACUCUGCGAAGCUGCUGCAGCUGGUUGAUGAACACAUCCUGGACAACGACCCGCAGCGGGAGAGCAAAGACGUGGCGUUCGCCCAGGGCUACCUGAACCGGGUGCGUGAGGCGCUGCAGGACGUACCCGCACAGGUGGAGGAGUUCGUGUCACUGCUAAACCAGUUUGAGCAGGUGGGAGACGGACAGGAAGUGGUGCUGCUGUUCAGAAGACUGCAGUGCAUCCUGGGAGAUCGGAUAGACCUCCUCCGAGACUUCGCUGCAUUCCUGCAACCCGAGCAGGCGCUGCAGUGUGGCCUGUGGGAGGAGCAGCAGGCGUUUGACCGCAGCCGGCGUUUCCUGCGACAGCUAGAAAUUAGUUUUGGAGAAAAUCCAUCACAUUAUCAGAAAAUCAUCAAAGCUCUUCAGACGAGUCCCGAGCUGAGUCCAGACGGCAUCCACGAGCUGAAAGCUCAGAUGGUCACUCUCCUCAAAGGCCACACCCAUCUGCAAGCAGAAUUCUGGGUCUUUUUUGACGACCUUCGCCCCCCCCCUGCCUGUCCCGGACAGUUCGAAGAAGCUCAUUGGCCAGAAGAGGGAGGGUGUGGUUUAGACAGUGGAGAUGCCGUUGUCCUAGUGUCAGGAGGCGGAGCCAGUAGCGGCUUUGAGGAAGUGACACUGCCAGAGCUUGAAGAGGAAGAGGAGGGGCAUAAAAUCCAACCAGCAACGAGCCGACGCCAGAGGAGGAAGAUGGCUGCCCACAAAAACUACAAGGACUGUGAUUGGCUGGAUAAAGACUGGGCCUGUCACAACGCAAAGAUCCGCAGUCACACGAGGAAAGGGUGCUCUGGUUGUCAUGGCAACAAGACCUCAGGGGGCGUGUCCAGAGCCAUGAAGAGUCUGGACCCUCUUUACUCUGACAUCACCUCUGUCCACAACCAAUCAGGUGACAAAUAUCUGGAGCAGUCUGUGGAAGACAGUCCACCUCAAGAUCGGAGCAGUGCAUCAUGGGAAGGCUCAUUCCGUCUGACUGAUGAGAAGGAGGAGGAGGAGCUGGACGAUGAGGAGGAGGACGAUGAAGAUGAGAAGAAGAACAAAGAGCAGUGUCCUGCAGUGACGAGGAGCAGAAGAGAGGAGGCGCUACGUCCCUCGUCGUCUUCUCCCUCUGUCACCUCCUCAACCAUCACUUCUUCUGUGUCCUCCUCCAUCUUCACUUCUACAUCAGUUACCUCCUCGUCUCCUUCUGUCUGCACCUCCUCCUCUUCCUCCAUCAUCUCCUCCUCCAUCACCUCCUCUUCUGCCACCUCUCCCUCCUCUGCUCCUCCUGAUCUCCCCGUCUGUGCAAAGAACAUUUCUCUGACUGCAAGUGGAGAGAAAGUCAUUCUGUGGACCAGAGAGGCGGACCGAGUCAUCCUGACCACGUGUCAGCAGGAAGGAGCCAAUCAGAACACCUUCCAGUCCAUCUCUACUCUGCUCGGCAACAAGACUCCCAGUGAGGUUUCUCGAAGGUUUCGUGAUUUGAUGCAUUUGUUUCGGACGGCGGCUCGUCAGACCAGCUCUGAGGACGAGGCUCCGCCCAAUGAGACGGCAGCAAAUGUGGAGGACUGAUUUCAACCAACCAGAAGAGACACAGCAGCCAAACUGCUCCAUAUGUUUGUGAAGAACUUUUAUUGCGAAAAGUUCAGUUGUGUUUAACGACCCUGUAAAAUGUGUAAAUAUCAAACCUCAAGAUUAUUUAAUAUAUGUUUUACAAUAAAACAGUUUCAUCAGGA